AUGGACUUCAUCUCCGGCCCACAGAAGCUCAUCGUCGUCAUGGGCGCCACCGGCUCCGGCAAGUCCCGGCUCUCCCUCGACCUCGCCGUGCGGUUCCCUCCGGCCACCUUCGAGGUCAUAAACGCCGACAAAAUGCAGCUCUACAAGGGCCUCGACGUCACCACCAACAAGCUCUCCGACGCCGAACGACGCGUCGUUCCUCACCACCUCCUCGGCGAGUUCGACUCCCGCCACGGCGACGUCUCCCCCUCCGAGUUCCGCCGUCUCGCGGCGCAGGCGGUGUCUGACGUUCUCUCCCGGGGAAAAGUCCCGGUGCUCGUCGGAGGGUCCAACUCGUUCAUCCACGUGCUACUCGUCGAACGGUUCGAACCGGACGUUGACGUCUUUGACGGCGAGGUAGCGGCGUCGUCGCAGCUCCGCUACGACUGCUGCUUCCUCUGGGUCGACGUGGAGUUCCCGGUUUUGACGGCGUACUUGUCGCGGCGAGUGGAGGAGAUGCUCGAUGCGGGGAUGUUUCAGGAGCUGGCCGAGUUUCACGGCCAAAACCGGGCGGUUCAGACCGGUGUGAGCAAGGCGAUCGGAGUGGCGGAGUUCAGCCGGUAUUUUGAGGAGUAUGCGGCGGCGGAGGUGGAGGAGGAUGAUCCGGUGCGGCGAGGAGCAUACGAGGAGGCGGUGGGAGAGGUUAAAAGGAACACUUGGCAGCUGGCGAAGAGGCAGAUGGGGAAGAUUGCGAGGCUGAGGAAGGCGGGGUGGGACCUGAAGAGGCUGGACGCGACGGAGGUGCUCAGGGCGGUGGUGACGUCAGAUGAUGACGAGGAUGGUGGCGGGAAGAGGUGGUCGGAGAUUUGGGAGAGAGAGGUGGUUGAGCCAAGCGUGAAGAUUGUGAAGGAUUUCUUGGAGGAGGAGGAGGAGUAG